GCGAGCGAGCCGGGGACGGAGGGGUGGGGGUGCGGGGCGCCGCCGCCGCCGUGCGUGUGUGCGAGUGAGUGUGUGAGUGCGUGUGAGUGUGUGUGUGUGUGAGUGUGUGUGCGUGUGCGCCGGCGAGUGUGUGCGUGCGUGCGUGCGCGCCGGCCUGCCGGGGUGUGCGAGAGGCAGCGCGAGGGCGAGGGAGUUGCGCAGCUGCCGUGCGCGCAGCCCCGCCGCCGCCGCCACCAGCAGCAGCAGCACCUCACUGGCAUUUAGCGAGCGGAGCUGCUAGUUGCGCUGGAGAGAGACGCGCAGGGAGGAGGAGGAAGAAGAAGAAGAAGAAGAGGAGGAGGAGAACAAGAAGAAGGAGGAGGAGGAGGAGGGGAAGAGGAGGAGGGAGAGGAAGGAGGAGGAGAAAAAAAAAAAGAAGAAGAAGAAGAAGAAGAAGAAGACGAGGAGGGAGAAGAAGAGGAGGCCACACGGACACCAACUGAAACAAAGUAUUUCCAAACCAGCACCCAACUCCACCUUGUGAGGCUCCCCAGCAUGGCUUCCGAGGAACUCUACGAGGUAGAGAGAAUUGUUGACAAGAGGAAAAACAAGAAGGGAAAAACAGAGUAUUUGGUGCGAUGGAAAGGAUACGACAGUGAAGAUGAUACUUGGGAGCCAGAACAGCACCUUGUUAAUUGUGAGGAAUAUAUACAUGAAUUUAACAGACACCACAAUGAAAAGCAGAAAGAAAGCACAUUAACCAGGACAAACAGGACCUCUCCAAAUAACGCCAGAAAACAAAUUUCUAGAUCUACCAAUAGUUCUUUUUCAAAGACAUCCACUAAAUCUUUAGUUAUGGGUAAAGACCAUGAUUCAAAAAAUAAUCAACUCUUUUCUGCCACCCAGAAGUUCCGGAAAAACAAUUCACCAUCUCUUUCUGGAAGAAAAAAUAUGGACCUUGCAAAAUCAGGUAUUAAAAUCCUAGUGCCCAAAAGUCCAAUUAAGAGCCGGACAACAGUUGAUGGCUUUCAGAAUGAAAGCCUGGAUAAAAUGGACCACAUAGAGCAGGAUCAAGAAGACUCUGUAGCACCAGAAGUAGCAGCAGAAAAACCUGUGGGAGCUUUACUAGGACCUGGUGCAGAGCGUGCUAGGAUGGGGAGCCGACCAAGGAUACAUCCAUUAGUGCCAGUAACAGCCACAAUUGCAUCAGCAUUAACAAUAAAUGGAAAAGCAUCUCCCUGUAUUCUUCCCAGUGUUCUUUACUUCCUAUUUUCUUGUACAUCCACCUUUAUGGAAGCAUUAGCAGCCAAUGGUACAACCAACAUACAGACAUCUGUAACAGGAGUGACAGCCAGCAAACGAAGGUUUAUUGACGACAGGAGAGAUCAGCCUUUUGAUAAAAGGCUACGCUUCAGCGUGAGACAAACGGAGAGUGCGUACCGGUACAGAGACAUUGUUGUCAGGAAACAAGAUGGAUUCACACACAUUUUGCUAUCGACAAAAUCAUCUGAAAAUAAUUCACUAAAUCCAGAGGUAAUGAAGGAAGUCCAAAGCGCACUGAACACAGCUGCUGCAGAUGACAGUAAACUUGUGCUGUUCAGUGCAGUUGGUAGCAUUUUCUGCUGUGGUCUUGAUUUUAUUUAUUUUAUACGACGUUUAACAGAUGAUAGAAAAAAGGAAAGCACUAAGAUGGCAGAAGCUAUUAGGAAUUUUGUGAAUACUUUUAUUCAAUUUAAGAAGCCUAUCAUUGUAGCAGUAAACGGCCCAGCCAUUGGACUUGGAGCAUCUAUAUUGCCUCUGUGUGACGUGGUUUGGGCUAACGAGAAGGCUUGGUUUCAGACACCAUACACUACUUUUGGACAAAGUCCAGAUGGAUGUUCAUCCCUUACGUUCCCUCGGAUAAUGGGCCUGGCUUCUGCCAAUGAAAUGUUGUUCAGUGGAAGGAAGUUGACUGCACAGGAAGCUUGUGCCAAAGGACUCGUCUCUCAAGUGUUUUGGCCAGGAACAUUCACACAAGAAGUAAUGGUUCGAAUUAAGGAACUUGUCACAUGUAAUUCAGUUGUACUUGAAGAAUCCAAAGCUUUAGUACGUAAUAUCAUGAAGGUGGACUUGGAACAAGCAAAUGAAAAGGAGUGUGAAGUUUUGAAGAAAAUCUGGGGCUCAGCACAAGGGAUGGACUCGAUGUUAAAAUAUCUGCAGAAGAAAAUUGAUGAGUUCUGAUGAGAUGCCCAUUGACACUGGAAUUGUAUUUCUUGGACAUGAGGGCAAGCAAAAUAUGCCCAUUUUAAAAAAGUAUAUAAACUCACCCCUUGCUCAGCUUGGGAACAGGAGUGGACCCCCCUUUCCCCUUUUGUCAAGGGGUUUAAAAGUACUGUAUCAGUUAAAUUUGAACAAAACUCCUUUUUCCCUGAUUGUUACAUAUAGAUAUAUAUACAUACACACAAGUGUAUGUGUGUGCAUAUAUAUGUCUUUUAUAUAUAUAUAUCUACAAAAAUGUAAUAUGUGUGUGAAUGUGUCUACAUAGACACAUACACACAAGCUAAAAAAAAUAUAGAGUGCACUACCAAACAUCUCUUUAAAGGCUCUAGUUUCUGUUACCUUUGGCUAGUACUGUAUCAAAUAGAGAAUGGAUUAAAAAGUGAAUGGUGUUGCAUUAUUUUCUGUGUGGCAGGGAAGUCUGGAAUAGUGCUUUUCUUUUUCAUUAGAAUACAGAAUUGAAACGGGUAUUAGCCAGCCCUUACUUUCACUGCCCAGUGAAUCAGCUAAGAUACAAGCAUGGUCUCAGAAGAAGGUUGAAAUACCUCAAGUAAUGGAACAUUCUAAAAUGUUGGGGAUUUAAGCCCUGUUAAGAUUAAAUCACACAAAUACCCCAAGAGAGAGUGUGCUCAGGAUUAAUGCUAAGAAAACACUCUGUCCUUUCUUGGGGAGAGGUAUAGAAGGGUGGGAGGAAGGGGGCAGGAAUAUGUUUAAUUCUUACCCAGUUAGCAUGAAGAAACCACUGGCCCUUGGGGAAGGGGAAUGAGGGGAAAGGGGGGGGAAUUGGAAGGGAGAAGGAAAAAAAAAAGCAGCUUCUUUUGCAGUAUUAGUGAAUCACUGAAUAUCUUGUGUAUGAAUAUCCUAAGUUAUAAGUUAGCUUUAGUGGGUUCUUAAAUAGUCUCUCUGGGGUUUUUGUUUUAUUUUUGUUUUAUUUUUAUUUUUUUUAACUACAUAAGUGCUUCUGUUGCUGGGUGAGAAUACUACUUUAUAUACAGUUUGGGUUUCCUUUUUGGUUCCUUUUUUUCCUGUUUGCUGGUUUAAUUGAUGUAUCACACCAAAAACGCAUUUUAUGUUCAUAAAUUUUAGGUUCACUUAGAAUAUAUUAUUUAAUAAGUUAAAAUUCUUUUGGCACACUAUUAAGUAAAAAAAAAACUCCUUUUAAAAAAAAAAAACUACCUUAUAUUAGAUGUUUAAUGUUCUCUGUCUAUGCUUUUUUAUUAUUUUAAAUAUACACUAUAUACGGUAUGGUGUAAAAGAGUGCCCUGUGUAAAUAGACCUAUUUUGCAUUCCUUUCAGGAGUGGUUAUUGAUUCCUGACUGCAGAUAUCUACUACUACUUGGGUAUCUGUGCUUGCAAUUUUAUUGAAUGUAUUGUGAAGAAUGAAAAAGAAAACAAACCUUAUUUUUGUACAGUUUUGAAGUUUUUACUUGGAACUGACCCACCUCCCCUUCCCAGUGGAGAGCUGUACAGUGUGUAAAUCUGCCUUUACCUUGGAUUGGUACAGUAUUUUUGCAUCUGUGGGACCUACUUUUUUGUUCUAGUAGUUUGAACUAUAUAUAAACUGUACAAUCUGUAAAGUUUUUAUAGAAUAAAUAUUCAGCUGUGAAAACUGGUUAAAUAAAACUAAUAUUUCUUAACACAUUUUAAA